AUGUCCAACGAAGCGAAGAUGGCACCUGCUCUGGAAGAAAAGAACGCAAUCGCGCCUGUAGCAACCGACCCUAUGUAUGAGACUGGGGAAGUCCUUAAGGUUGAUCUGGAUGCCGAUCCGGCUUUGGCAGUUCUAUCAGGUGGAAUACUCGAGUACACGGAAGAGGAAGGAAAGAGUGUGUUAUCUAAAAUUGAUUGGCAUAUACUCCCUAUUCUCUGUUGGAUUUACGCCAUCCAAUUUGCCGACAAGAUUAGUCUAAACUAUGCGUCUCUCAUGGGAAUCCGAGUAGACACGCAUCUAGAUCCGAAUUCCCAGCAAUAUAGUUGGGUAUCUAGUAUCUUCUACGCCGGAUACCUUUUAUGGGAAUUUCCAACAACGUACCUGCUUCGACGUCUUCCUGUUGCAAAGUACACCUCCUCCAACGUCAUAAUCUGGGGUGUUGUCCUCACCUGCCAUGCCGCAGCAGCAAACUAUGCCGGGCUUCUCGCGCUUCGAUUCUUCCUUGGACUGUUCGAGGCGACCAUCACUCCUGCCUUCGUUCUGAUUACAUCCAUGUGGUACAAACAGAGUGAACAAGGUCAACGCAUGGGCUAUUGGCUCGCUUGCAACGGCAUAACUCUCAUUGUUAUGGGACCCAUUGGUUAUGGCCUGUCGGCAAUCACGGAUUCUUCACUCGCAUCCUGGAAAAUCCUUUUCUUAAUCCUCGGUCCUUUGACAAUCGCUACUGGCGUCUUUUGCUUGUGGUAUCUGCCGGAUAAUCAGACCAAAGCCAGAUUUCUCAAUGACCGCGAACGACAAGUUGCAGUUGAACGGAUUCGUGAGAACUUUCAAGGUAUUGGUUCCCGAGUGUGGAAGUGGUACCAAUUCCGAGAGGCAUUCAAAGACCCGAGAACCUAUCUAUAUGUGCUAUUCUCGUUGUUGAUGAACAUUCCAAAUGGCGGCAUCACAACAUUCGGAUCUCUCGUUAUCAGCUCUUUUGGUUUCGGGCCCAGGAACUCACUCUUACUCGGAACGCCAGCGGGGUUGUUCGAUCUGGGAGGGAAGUUGUUCUUCACAUGGGUUUCCGACAAACUCAUGGACAGAAGUGGACCUGCCUUCAUUGCCAUCCUUUUCCCCAUGGUGGGAGGUAUUCUUAUGAUCACAGCCCACGCCAAGCCCGCCCUUCUCAUCGGAUACUACUUGAUCAGUGUAUCAGGCUCGGCUUGGUGUUUGGUCAUGGUUCUCAUCUCCAACAACACGCUCGGAUACACUAAAAAAGCGACGGUUAGUGGUGCCCAGAUCAUUGCCUAUGCGUGUGGCAACUGGAUCGGCCCCCAGACCUUUAGAUCAAACGAGGCACCAGAUUACCCAACCGGAAAGACUCUUGUUGCAAUCAUGUACGGACUGUCCGCAUUGGUCUUGCUUGCGAUCCGUGUGCUCAAUAUUUACGAGAACCGUCGGCGCGACCGCUUGCAGACAGAAUCCGGCACGCUGGAGUUGACGGAGGAGGAUGAGCAGAAUAAAUUUCUAGAUCUCACGGAUUUCGAACAACCACAUUUUCGCUAUGUCCUUUGA